CUUUAAUUCCAGUUAAAGCUGAAUGGGAUACAACUCAGAACAGGGACGUUUUGUGCCAGUGAGGCCGACCUCAGGCUAUAGACAACAGAGUCCAUGUCUAAUUUAACUAGAAAUUUCACCUGGAGAACAUUUCCAUAGUGGUUAGACCUCAAGUAGUCCUCUUGGUAGAAUUUAUUUUGCUUUUCAUCUGGUGACAUUUAACAUAGAAGGCUAUCUAUUUCUCCCAGGUUAUUUGCAAGUAUUUUAUUAUCAUGACAACUAUAUAAAAUUCAGAUCCCAAACUGGGUUCUUGGAGACUAUUAAUUCAGAAUGAGCUUCUGGCAGAAAAUACUUGUAUGCAUUUCUUGUUUCUACCUAAAUAAAAUGCUGAGGCAUUUCGAUGGCCAUUCUCAUGUACCUGCUGACUUUGGGGGCUUGUUUUUGUUUUGUAGGGUUAAAAACUAAUAUUUAUAUAAGACAGAAGAGAAAGAUGUCAUUCCGUAAAGUAAACAUCAUCGUCCUGGUCCUGGUGGUUGUUCUCUUCCUACUGGUUUUGCACCAUAACUUUCUCGGCCUGAGCAGUUUGCUAAGGAAUGAGGUUUCAGAUUCAGGAAUUGUGGGGUUUCAGCCCAUAGACUUUGUCCCAAAUGUUCCCCGACAAGCUGUAGACGGGAGACAAGAGGAGAUUCCUGUGGUCAUCGCUGCAUCUGAAGAUAGGCUCGGGGGGGCCAUCGCAGCCAUAAACAGCAUUCAGCACAACACUCGCUCCAAUGUGAUGUUUUACAUUGUUACGCUCAAUGGUACAGCAGACCAUCUCCGGUCCUGGCUCAGCAGCAGUACCUUGAAAAGCAUCAGGUACAAAAUUGUGGAUUUUGACACUAAACUUUUGGAAGGGAAAGUCAAGGAGGAUCCUGACCAGGGGGAAUCCAUAAAACCAUUAACCUUUGCAAGGUUCUACUUGCCAAUUCUGGUUCCCAGUGCAAAGAAGGCCAUAUAUAUGGAUGAUGAUGUAAUUGUGCAAGGGGAUAUUCUUACCCUUUACAAUACACCACUGAAGCCAGGGCAUGCAGCUGCAUUUUCAGAAGAUUGUGACUCAGCCUCUACCAAAGUUGUCAUCCGUGGAGCAGGGAACCAGUAUAAUUACAUUGGCUAUCUUGACUAUAAAAAAGAAAGAAUUCGUAAACUGUCCAUGAAAGCCAGCACCUGCUCAUUUAAUCCUGGAGUUUUUGUUGCAAACUUGACAGAAUGGAAAAGACAGAAUAUAACCAACCAGCUGGAAAAAUGGAUGAAACUCAAUGUAGAAGAGGGACUGUACAGCAGAACACUGGCUGGCAGCACCACAACACCACCUCUGUUGAUCGUAUUUUAUCAACAGCACUCUACAAUUGACCCCAUGUGGAAUGUCCGCCACCUUGGUUCCAGUGCUGGAAAACGAUAUUCACCCCAGUUUGUAAAGGCUGCCAAGUUACUUCAUUGGAAUGGUCACUUUAAGCCAUGGGGAAGAACUGCUUCCUAUUCUGAUGUCUGGGAAAAAUGGUAUAUUCCAGACCCCACAGGCAAAUUCAGCCUGAUCCGAAGACAUAUGGAGAUCUCAAAUACAAAAUAAAACAUAAUUUAUGCUAUAAGCAUUUCUCAGGAAAUCCUGGAAGACAGUAUGUGUGGGAAUUAACAGUUGCAAGGCUUCAAUGCCUAUCUGCAGCAACCCAUGGAAAGAGGGACAUUUCAGCUGGGUAAAGAGGAUGAACUACCCUGUUUAGCAGUCAGCUUCCCAGAUAGGCUAUAAAUGUCUCCAUCUGCCUUACCAAAUGUUUGCUUACUGCCAUACUGAAGGACUGACAGGGAUGGUACGGCUAGUUCAACACUACUGCUUGGUUUUAAUUUUGUAAUAUUAACCUGUGGUCUGAUCUGUUAAUAAAGUGAAACCUACAUUUUUCAA